AGUACAGUGACCGCGACGGAGGUGCGUGCUCAAGCGCUACACCUGUUCCUCGCCUGAUCGUCAUUUGCAGUCUCUUCCUCGUACUACGCGUCUGGUCCCCAUCGACUUGCUCGACGUACGCGCCCAAAUUCCGAACUCGAGCUCCCAUACUUCAUACACUUCAUAUCUUCGCAAGCGCUCUGUCAUCGACGAACAUAGCUCAACUUUUGCCCUCGUCAACUCUAGACUAUGGCGCCUGCUGCCUGCAGACCUACUCAGCCAAUCUCGUUCAUUUCUGCGAGCACCGACUAUCGUCCGACUGAUAGCGCGACGAAGUACGUCCCGGACCGACUAUUCCAAGUGUCCCUCGGCACUUGAUGUGGGGAAGACUGUGACCCUGAUCUCCCUCACGCCUCCAAUUCGAUGUCGCUGCAGCGUGUUCCAUAUUUCCAUUUGCCUCUCAGCGCCCGUCGACAGUCUCGCUUAUCCCUCGUACGCCGGGGUCGUCGCACCAACGACGACUUCGGUCUUUUUGGGGCGAGCAGCCAUACUCUCGCUCUCGAUGAUCGACCGGAAAUAAACGGGCCCAUGUGGGAUCCUGCGACCUGCGCUCGUCGUCCCAAGUCUUCCCCCACACAUCUGCUCGACCGCGCGAUGAUACGUCUUUGCUAUGCGUUGCUCGGAAGCUCAAGACAUGAGUCGAGGUUACUACUCUUUGCGUCUAUCGUCGUUGAACUCCCAAGGAAUCGGAGACCCUCGUAUAACAAGAUCGCUGCCUCUUGCUCGCUUCCGUGGCCGCGAAGGGUAUCGAGGAGAGCGUCCAGGCGGGGCACGACUGCGAGUCGUAUCAGCAAGAUGGCGCGUGGGAGGUUGGCGGGCUGGUCAGAGAGCUUUGCUGGUGGUGUCGAUUUUCACGUAUUAUUUGAAAUGUCAAACUCUACGGACUGACCUGCAUAUCAUUAUGUCGACCAUCGUCAACAGCAUUCAUUCCUCUUUGCUAUCGUGCUGCCUGGC